GAUAACCCUUGCUCAGGCCAUGGUAGCAUCAGAAAUAGCUGCUCUUUUCUUUUUAUGCAACAUUUUCCUGGGAGGUUCUUUGGUCCGAAGCCAAGGACUUCAGAGAGGAUUCUAUGACUCCAUCUGUCCUGAUGCAGAGGAUAUAGUGAGGUCUAGUGUUGAAAAGUAUUACAACAACGAUGCCACCAUUGCCCCCGGCUUGCUCAGGCUGCACUUCCACGACUGUUUUGUCCAAGGAUGUGAUGCUUCUGUUUUGAUUUCUGGAUCAUCAUCUGAAAGGAGUGCCCCACAGAAUUUUGGUCUUAGGGGAUUUGAAGUAAUAGAUGAUGCCAAGUCCCAGUUGGAAGCUACAUGCCCCGGUGUGGUGUCUUGUGCAGAUAUAUUGGCCCUCGCGGCACGGGAUUCUGUUGAUCUGACUGGUGGGCCAAGCUGGGCAGUACCUCUUGGACGAAGAGAUGGAAGAGUCUCAUCAGCUUCAGAUGCAAGGGCCUUGCCAUCUCCCGCUGAUCCUGUAGCGGUUCAGAGGCAAAAGUUUGCAGCUCAAGGCCUGACUGACCAUGACCUUGUAACACUAGUUGGCGCUCACACCAUCGGGCAGACGGACUGCGCGCUGUUCCGGUACCGGCUGUACAACUUCACGGCGACAGGCAACGCAGACCCUUCGAUCAGCCCGGCAUUUCUGCAGCAGCUGCGGGCGCUGUGCCCACCCAACGGCAACCCGUCCCGGCGUGUGGCGCUGGACAAGGACAGCGCAGGGUCGUUCGACGCGGCAUUCUUCAAGAACGUGAGAGACGGAAACGCAGUGCUGGAGUCGGACCAGCGGCUGUGGGGCGACGACGCAACGCAGGGCGUGGUGCAGAAGUACGCGGGCAACGUCCGCGGCCUCUUCGGGCUCCGGUUCGCCUACGAGUUCCCCAAGGCCAUGGUGAGCCUGAGCAGCGUCGCCGUGAAGACCGGGAGGCAGGGUGAGAUAAGGAGGAGGUGCUCAAGGAUCAACUGA